GCCCUUCCUAAGCCAUCUCUGUCGUGGGAGCACAAUUGACACCUUCUGUGAGCAGCAGACCAAAGAGAUCACACAGGAAAGGAAGGCUAAAGGUCAGUGACGAAUCAGGCAACAUUCAUUACGCUGUUGAGGCUUCUGAAGUAGAGACUUUCCAGUAAAGGAGACAGGCCUCAGGCCAAAUCAUGUAAAAAUAAAGCAUUGUGCUGGCAAAGCCGAGGGCUAGUUUCCCCUCAGAGGAGAAAGGGGCAGUGCCUAAUAAGAGGAUUUUCUUGGUAUGGUUUGUUUAUUUACAGAAGGUACAAAUGCCCCUGCCCAGGACUUAGCAGCUAUUCUUCAGCCUCUCUGAUGAACUGGCAACAUACUAGCUAAUUAGUGACCUCAGUUGGAUGUAAUGGGGCAUAAUUAGAAACCAAGCCCAGCUGUGGUGGUGAAGCUGGCAGAGCACUACUUCACUAGGGCUGGGGACUCAGCAGAGGAGGAAGAUCGUGGAGAAAGGAACAAAGCAGGUUCUCCUCUGGGAACAGCCUGAGGAAGUCAAGUGGAGAGACCCACCUCGGGCAGAAUCGGCUCCUGAGGGGUAGCCCUGAGAGAAGCCCUACAUCAGGGAAGAGAAGAGAGGCCCAGAAAGGGUAGGAAACCAGUUCGUGUGGAAUUUUGGACUCCCAACUGGGAAAAAGCCUGGGAAGUCAGUGCCUUGAUGAGAGUGAGGAGAAAUGAGAGAAGCCCAGGAGGGUUAAAGGACCUUUUGUGAAUAUCAGCUGGGACGCUGAGUACCCCAGAAGUGGAGUGAACCGUUGUGUGACUCUGCUGGAGGAGAACACUCUGAGGGAGGAGUAAGCAGCAUCGACAAGGGAGCCGCGGCAGUCGACUCGCAGCCGUGAGGACGGCCAGCUAAUUCUCAUUCAUAACUCUACUUACUGGCGUGCUCUCAUCUCUACGUGCCAUGGCUGGGGAGGUUGUCUAUGCUGAUUUAAAUAUCCCGGGAGCCUGCUUACCUCGUUCAUCUCAACCCCACAAUUUCCAUCAGUGUCCACACUGGCAUCAACUUGUCUUAAAGAUCGGAGCGGCUGGGUACGUUGUCCUGCUGAUGACAAUCAUAGUGCUGAGUGUUUGGGUUUUUCAGGGCUCCUCAGGGAGUGGACUGGCCGCUGAAGGUGAGGCGGCCCCCGAGAGACCCAGAAAUGAAAGUAAAUGCAUCGCCAGCCUGGAGAAAUUGUCUUAUCUGAAACAGCACCUGUGUGACCCACCCCAAAGCAGCUCAACAGAGGGCUCCAGGUGUGUACUUUGCCCCAGGUACUGGCUGCCAUACAAGGGAAAAUGUUACUGGGUGUCUAAAGAAACUAGAAUGUGGAACAGCAGCCAUGAGGACUGCAUAACAAAGAGGUCUCAUUUACUGGUGACCCAGGACCAGGAGGAGAUGGAUUACAUACAGACAAUCACAUCCGAGAAAAAUUCUGUUUGGAUCGGAUUAAACUUUAAAUCUCCUGAGAGGACAUGGAUUUGGGUAGACGGCUCCUCCUUCAAUGAAAACCUGUUCCCCAGAGUAGGGAGGCCCAGUGAAAGAGACUGCGGGGUGUUAAAAAGAAACCAGAUUGCGUCGGAAACCUGCAGCGCUGAAUUAAAAUGGAUUUGCCAGAAAGAUGCGCUCCUGAUAUAAGCAAGGCUGGUCCAAAUCUGUUGUUGGUGCAAUUGACGGAGAAAAGGCCUUCUGUCUUGGUCUGUCCUGUGAAGAUUAUCGCAAGGGCUGUGUAACUUCCUUUGUUCCAUGGUUUGAAACAUCUGGGGUCGGAUCCUCAGCUGACGUAUAUCAGCAGGGCCUCGUUGAAGUCAGCAGACCUGGGGACCAGUUUACAUGAGAUGGGGGUGAUGCACCAUGGUUAAUUCACUGCUCUGGCUGCGUGGUCUCAUGUUGUGCUAAGAGUCUUUUCCCCAGUUCCAUCUCGCUGUGAGAUUCACUGUGGGGACUGGACAUUAAGCAACUCCCUUGAAGGCUGUCACGGCUUCCAAAAACCGCGGAUAGCAGGAAGGAGCCCUGCUGCCAACCUGGGGCUGCCAGGUUUUUUAAGCACGGUCCUCACUAAUUGCCUCCCUGCUGUUUAUGGCACUCACUCUCUACAGGUGUGUUCAACUCAGACCCCGAUCCCGCAGCACUCUAAAAAAAUGUAUUGUCUGAAGAUGUCAGUUCAAUUCAAUGGUCUGUCUAGCCGGGAUCCUCUCUGACAGCAGCCACUGAUUCCUUUUUCUGGGGCAAUCUCCUGGAGCCGUGAUUUUAAAACUGUGUGUCAUAACUAGAAAGGGAAGGGAACAACUCUCCUGUGUACAAUACUACAAAAUCCCUCCUGGCCAGAGACACCAAAAUUCUUUUACCUGUAAAGGG